AUGGAGAUUACCAACUUGGCCGAGUCCGUGUCGUACCUGGCGAAUUUUUUCCACACCCUCCCACCGGAAACGGUACUCCGGCUCGAGUGUUCCCUGACGUUGCUCCAGCGGGAACAGCAUCUGGCCGCGCUUUACUUCUUCGGUCAACUCGAGGCACAAUCGGCGACCUACUGGCUAGCGUUCGGUACACCGGAAGCGGAUCUGUUUCGCGAGCAAAAGUUGUUCUACAGCCGGAAUGCUACCGAUUGGUUCCUGCUGUUGGGCCCCACUAACCCGAGUGAACCGAGUGAGGAUUGGUCUCUGCUGUGCGAGAAUUUCACCGGUGAAGUUGGCAAUCGGUUUCGGUUGCCCGUGAAGCAGAGAGACGCCGAACCAUCGCCAAGCUACGUGCUCGAACAGGAACGGCUGUGGUACGUCUUUCGGGCGUUACUCCGUGAGGCAUGCUGCGUACCGAGGGGUCUGCUCUAUCGCACCGAUACGAAGGAAACGGUCCGGAACACGCUAUUCCGUGGGUUGACCGAAGAGCAGCUCGGUGCGCUGGCCAAUUAUCAGCAUUUCCGGCAACCGGAACGUGACGCAGAGGAGAACCUGGCUGGCCGACCGACCGACUGUAACCUAUCGAUGGAUGUGUUCGAUCGGAUCGAAGAUUUGGUGCCCCGGGGUCGUUGUUUCAGCCUCCGAGUGGACGAUUCCAGUCGCUUAGCAACCUGCAGCUCACUUUGGUGGCUCGGAGCGGUCAGUUUUCACAAGGCGAACUCGGGCGAUGUGUGCGGAUUUUACUACCGGGGUGAUGGCCGCAAAAACUGGGAUCUUCCCUUUAUGGUUGGAGGUCACGAACGUGAGGUCUCAAACGCGGAAAAAAUCAAGAUCGAGAUCGAGGAAAAUCCGUGA